GGCGUUUGGGGCUCCCACAGCCCUGGGGUGGUGGUGGGGUUUUAUUUUUGGUUUUUAUUUUGGUAGAGAUGGUUCUCGCCAUGCUGCCCAGGCUGGUCUCAAACUCCUGUCCCCAAGUGGCCCUCCGACCUUAGCCUCCCAAACCGCUGGGAUUCCAGACGUGGACACCGCGCGGCAGCCCUGGGGUGCUAAGCCAGCCCCCCGGAGCGAGCCAGGGUGACCAAGCCCAUUCUGGGGCAGUCAGAGGGUCUUCCCGGGUCGGGUUAGUUCCUCGAAUCCGGGGGACGAAGACGGGGAGCUGAGCUUUCGGAGCCCGGGCUUAUCAGACGGGGACCCGGAGCCCCCUCGAACCCUCCCUAGCUUGUACCAGCUGGCGGACGUGGCCCGUAGCAUCGCCCUGCAGAGGGGACCUUCCCUGAAAGGGACGGGGAACGGGGUGAAGGUGGCCAGCGCGGGCAGGGAGCACCCAGAUGACGAUCAAGGGUGGAGGGUCCCCGGAGGACCGAGCAGUGCGUGAACACGGGCGGAGAAAGGUGGUGCAGAACCGGAGCCGGAGCCGGAGCCGCGCCGCGCCGCACCAUGGCGCCCACCCUGGCCACUGCCCAUCGGCGCCGCUGGUGGAUGGCCUGCACGGCCGUGCUGGAGAACCUCCUCUUCUCGGCAGUCCUCCUGGGCUGGGGCUCGCUGCUCAUCAUGCUCAAGUCGGAGGGCUUUUACUCCUACCUGUGUACCGAGCCAGAGAAUGUCACCAAUGGCACAGUGGGCAGCACAGCAGAGCCGGGGCACGAGGAGGUGAGCUGGAUGAACGGCUGGCUCAGCUGCCAGGCCCAGGACGAGAUGCUAAAUUUGGCCUUCACUGUGGGCUCCUUUCUGCUCAGUGCCAUCACCCUGCCCCUGGGUAUCGUCAUGGACAAGUAUGGCCCGAGGAAGCUCAGGCUGCUGGGCAGCGCCUGCUUCGCGGUUUCCUGCUUGCUGAUUGCGUAUGGAGCAAGUAAACCAAACGCUCUCUCCGUGCUCAUCUUCAUCGCCCUGGCUCUGAAUGGCUUUGGUGGGAUGUGUAUGACCUUCACCUCAUUAACGCUGCCCAACAUGUUCGGCGACCUUCGGUCCACGUUUAUUGCCUUGAUGAUUGGGUCCUACGCCUCCUCGGCAGUCACCUUUCCAGGAAUCAAGCUCAUCUAUGAUGCUGGUGUCUCCUUCAUCGUCAUCCUCGUGGUCUGGGCCGGCUGUUCCGGGCUGGUUUUCCUCAACUGCUUCUUUAACUGGCCCCUUGAGCCCUUCCCGGGGCCGGAGGACAUGGACUACUCGGUGAAGAUCAAGUUCAGCUGGCUGGGCUUUGACCACAAGAUCACAGGGAAGCAGUUCUACAAGCAGGUGACCACGGUGGGCCGGCGCCUGAGUGUGGGCAGCUCCAUGAGGAGCGCCAAGGAGCAGGUGGCGCUGCAGGAGGGCCACAAGCUGUGCCUGUCCACCGUCGACCUGGAGGUGAAGUGCCAGCCGGAUGCCGCAGCGGCCCCCUCCUUCAUGCACAGCGUGUUCAGCCCCAUCCUGCUGCUCAGCCUGGUCACCAUGUGCGUCACGCAGCUGCGGCUCAUCUUCUACAUGGGGGCUAUGAACAACAUCCUGAAGUUCCUGGUCAGCGGCGACCAGAAGACAGUUGGCCUCUACACCUCCAUCUUCGGUGUGCUCCAGCUGCUGUGCCUGCUGACGGCCCCCGUCAUCGGCUACAUCAUGGACUGGAGGCUGAAGGAGUGUGAAGACGCCUCCGAGGAGCCCGAGGAGAAAGACGCCAACCAAGGCGAGAAGAAAAAGAAGCGGGACCGGCAGAUCCAGAAGAUCACCAAUGCCAUGCGGGCCUUCGCCUUCACCAACCUGCUGCUCGUGGGCUUUGGGGUGACCUGCCUCAUUCCCAACCUGCCUCUCCAGAUCCUCUCCUUCAUCCUGCACACAAUCGUGCGAGGAUUUAUCCACUCCGCUGUCGGGGGCCUGUACGCCGCCGUGUACCCCUCCACCCAGUUCGGCAGCCUCACGGGACUGCAGUCUCUGAUCAGCGCGCUCUUCGCCCUUCUGCAGCAGCCGCUGUUUCUGGCCAUGAUGGGUCCUCUCCAGGGAGACCCUCUGUGGGUGAACGUGGGGCUGCUCCUUCUCAGCCUGCUGGGCUUCUGCCUCCCGCUCUACCUGAUCUGCUACCGGCGCCAGCUGGAGCGGCAGCUGCAGCAGAGGCAGGAGGAUGACAAACUCUUCCUCAAGAUCAACGGCUCGUCCAACCAGGAGGCCUUCGUGUAGUGGCUGCCGCCUCGGAACUGCGGUCUCCUGCCUGUGCUUCAGUGACUGACCCCUGUCCUGCCCCUCCAGAGUACCCCACGCACCCCCAGGACCUUCGCCGUCUCCAUGCCAGCGUUCACGCUCCCUCCCGGGGCCCUGCCUCGGAGCUCUGUGGUGGAAGGACGGGAGAGGGCCCCGGACAUGCGAGUUUUCUCCUGCCGAACGCAGGGGCUGCCCUGACUUUGCUCUGCCGCCCCCUGGGGACCCGGGGCCUGGGGUCUCUGUGGUGCCUGCAGGAGGAGCCAGGAACGCCCGGCAGGCAGGCGCUCUGCCAGUGUCUGGAUUCUGCCUCUUGCCAAAGCAGAGGGGGCUGCCAUCCCCUGCCUGCCACCUGCCCCUCGGCUGCAUGCCCACAGCCAUACCUGCCUGAGGACAAAGGCUUGCACUGUCUCGCCCGCGCCUGGCCCCCACCCCCUCCCCGGCCAGUCUGAGGCUGCCUGAGGAAGGAAGGACCCGCUUCCUGUUGUUGGUGCUAAUUCCUUUGUAAUUCCAGCCCCCUGUCGCCUGUCCAGGGCCUGCCCACCCGUUGGAGGCCGGUGGAGAAGCCCCACCUGGCUUAUGCCCUGGAGAGGUUUUAGCGGGCUGGGUGGACCCCUCGCCUCCUCCCCGAGGGCCAAUGCCGCGGACACGUUUUCACUGUCACCCUCAUUCUGUCUGCCGCCUGAAGGGAAUUUGAGGACCGCCGCCAGGGCACCCCCUACAUACACACAGCUGCUUUUGUGGAGGUGGACGAAAGGCUGUGGCCGGCAGACACGGAGGUCCAGGCUGGGGUGGGGACGUGGGUGGGUCCGAGGGGUGUGUGGGGUCGGGUGGGCUCUAGGAGUUAGCCCUUAUCCCCACUGACCAGGCGGGAGCCGCCAGGCCUGCAGCUGGGCCAGUGCCCAGGAGCCAUCCUGGCGUGGGGCCAGGAGCUUGUCCAAGGCCACAGGCCCACAGCACCCCCUGCCGGCGGGCUCCGUGGGGCCCUGGAGCUGAUGACGGGGGAGGCCCGUCCGCCUGGCCCACCAACCCGCCCACCUUGACUGCCCCCAGAAGUGUGUCUUGAGACCUCCUGGGCGUGCUUAGAGGGGUGAGUUGAUGUUUGGAUUUUUAGUUAUUUUCUCUUCAGUUUUAUUAGACUUCUUUUUUAUAAAGCAAUAAAUCCACUUUCCUCCGGG